AUGACAGAUGAUCACACGAAUGUAGAUGCACCGGCUGCUGGGCCGUCUGAGCCGUCACAGCCUCAUGCGAUCGACCAUAACAUCUCAUCGUCCUCAAGUUUAAAGCCGAGGCAGAAAGUGCAGAUCAUAGGUGACCUUCCGCCCGCACCUCGCUUCUCUGCAGACCAGCUCGCAGAAGCUGCCGCUGCCAAGCGCAAUGGUGACCAAAGUGACGACGACGAUGAUUCGGACGAUGAAGAAGAGAAAGAAGGCGCACAAAAAGACCGUCGGACGAACGGAGUGACUACGGAAGAUUCAGAUGGGGAUGAUGUCAACGGUGUAGAGGUACCAGAUGCCGCCUUACUUGACCGCUAUCCGUCUGAUGAGACGCGCAUUGAUCUGACGCACCUAAGGCUUACGAGCAAGAGUCUCCGCAAACUCGGCCUUUCUCGCUUCCGAGAUACCCUCGAGUACUUGGGCCUUCGGCAAAAUGAGAUUAGCCGCAUCUCGAGCAAAGAUAUUGGGGCAUUGAAAAAACUCAAGGAUCUUGACCUAUACGACAACCACAUCGAAAAGCUAGGCAAGGCGUUAGAACAGUGUACCGAGCUUGAGAGCCUUGAUCUCUCGUUUAACAAUUUCCGACAUCUGCCGCACAUAUCGCAUUUAGGAAAAUGCCACACGCUCUAUUUCGUUCAGAACAAGAUCUCGCGGAUACGACCCGACGACUUUAUGCCGCCCCUGCAGACUACGUUACGUAGUCUCGAGCUAGGCGGGAAUAAGCUUCGGACGAUGGAGAAUCUGGGCGAUCUGGUAAAUUUGGAAGAAUUGUGGCUUGGAAAGAACAAGAUCACCAAAUUGGAGAACUUGAACAAGUUCUCACGACUGCGAGUAUUGUCAAUCCAAUCCAACCGCAUCACCAAGCUUGAAAACCUCGAGAAGCUCGCGAACCUUGAAGAGCUGUACAUAUCGCACAAUGGCCUCACAAAGCUGGAAGGCUUGGAGCACAAUUCCAAGCUUACGACGCUCGAUUUUGCGGGAAACAAGGUAAAAGUGAUAGAAAAUGUCAAUCAUCUGUCCCGAUUAGAAGAAUUUUGGGCAAACGACAACCAGAUCGAUGACAUAAAUCACAUUACUGAUCAUCUGGGUCCAUCACAUAUGCCACAAUUGUCGACCAUCUACUUGGAGGGCAACCCCGCAUAUCGCAAAGAAGGCCCAGCUUAUCGGCGCAAGUUAAUCUUGUCGCUGCCGCAGAUCCAGCAAAUUGAUGCUACGUGA